AUGGCUGAUACAACUACACACAAAGAGCACCAGUCGAGCCUAAAUGUGUCGUCUCUCACGCUAGAUGCUUCGCAAGCAGCCACUGAACGGACCCAACUCCUUGAGAUCGACGAAGAGACCCCAAAAAGACUCGAAAUAGACCCGAGCAUCGACCCCGAUCCCCCUGUCGUCGAUCCCAACGAACUCCUCGUAGCCAUCACCGUCGUCAAAGGCAGCUCGACCAAGACUUUCAUCAUCCACCAGAUGAUAACAUGCAACAUAUCCCCCUUCCUCGCCUCAAAAAUCAGCCUCUCGGCCAAGAAGCCCGCUCGUACUAAUACCAUCACCGUGCAGGACACUUGUCGUGUCGCCUUCGCCAUGUUCGUGAGCUGGCUCUACGCCAAGAACCACCGCCGCCGACGCCUGGGCAAGUGCAAGCACCACGUAUCCGCGAAGACCUGGAUCGAGGUCUGUCUCCUCGCAGAGAAGAUCCAAGCCGCCGAAUUCCACGCCGCCGCCACGGCAGUCCUGACGUCGUACCGUGCGCCCCUGGCUCUCUCUGUGUCCGAACUCCAGAGGAUAUGGGCGCGAACCAGGAGCGACAGCCCGCUUCGACAAUACUGCCUGCAGCGCUUGGGAGAGCAAUGCUUCGCCGGUCUGGGACUGAGAGAUGCGGCGGAGGUGGCGCGCGAGUGGGAGAGGUGGCGCCGGGCGAGGAUCGAACGCGUGGAUAGGGAGCAGCGGUACGAGAGCGUGGAGCAGAUUAGGCAGAGUCAGUACUACUUGAGACCGUCGACGCCGCCUUCGAGUAGACCGAGGCUGGAUGUUUCUACGUUGUACUCGAAUCGGAAGCCGCUUAGCGAGGGGGAGCCUCCUGACAACUGGUCGCCUUAUCCUUGGUAUCGACGUCCGAUAUUUGAUAGCGGAUGGAGAGCGAUAUAA